UCGCACCCUGAUCAGGAUUUUCGAGCACUCGAUUCAGUCUUGGCUGUGUGUUUAUGGGUUGAUCGCCAUCCGUGUAUGCGGUAAGUGGAUAUGGGUAUCAAUGGGUCUAAAAGUGAGCCAGCAACAGAGUCGAUUCCAGCAUUGGUUCCAGACUCUAUUCUCCCACUUAAUACCCAGGUCAAAGUACACUUAGUACCUAAAUUCUGCACCUCCGAGAGAACAAGAUUUAACAGUCGCUACUACUUACUAGUAACCGUCAGAAACAAACCGGGGCCAGUGAGUCAGAACGGGCAACGACAAAACACUGCUAUAGGGUGUACAGAACUCAGAACGGCCGAUAAGAACAGCAAACACAAUCUUACAGCAAACCUGGAAUUCAAACAUCGAAGGCUUAGUAACGGAGGGAAUGACUCUUUUGCGGGAAUUAGCGCGAUGCGACCGCAGUCACUUAAGGGUAAACCAGAGACAAGCGUGGAAGUAUCGGAGGUUGUUAUUGUGGAGAAGCAGUCUAUAAGGAUCUCAGGCUUGUUCCGAGGAUCAUGUCACUUGCCUGACAUCACAGAUGCCGAGUCUUUCGAUCUUAUUCUUUGUCCUAGUGGGGUCAUUGAUCGUAUGAGUACUGGACCUAGUGUAUGCUGGAUGCUGCUAGGAACUCUCUACACAAAAUUACGUAAUUCGAAACACGAGAAGCAAUGGAAAGCUGCAGUUAAAAGCACGCUAAAUUAAUAGCCUGGGCUGCAGCCCCCCGCCCUCACCCCUCCCACCAUUUCUUGGGGAUGUG